AUGCCCAGAAAUAAAAUAAUUAUUGGAUUUCCUACUUAUGCGCAUGGAUUCAAAUUGGCAAAUCCCAAUAGCAAGGACCUAAGUGUUGGUGCCCCCGCAUCAGGUCCUGCUAAUGCGACAGAAUUUGCUCAAGAACCUGGAGUUGCAGCUUAUUUUGAGAUUUGCGAAAUGCUAGCAAAGGGUGCCAAGGAUUUUUAUGAUCCAAAUGCUCUAGUUCCUUAUCUCUAUCAAAAUGGUGAAUGGUUUAGCUAUGACAAUCAGCAAAGCUACUUACAAAAAAUAAAAUGGUUGAGUAGCCAAGGAUUUGGAGGGGCUUUUGUUUGGGCCUUGGAUUUUGAUGAUUUUAAUGGAAAAUGUUCGGGAAGUAAAUAUGGCAUUUAUCCAUUAAUUGGAACUAUUGCCAAAUUAUUGGGUCAAGUUAAACAUGAAUUGGUUUCAGUUUUGGAAAUUAUGAAGGUAAAAUAA